UGGGGCGGCGCACAAUUGGUCCAGCGUCGUCCAAGCAACACAAGAGGCUUUCUGGGACAUGGACUGAGAGGCAGGCAGAACCAUGGAGGGAGUGUCCAUAACCCACUGGGUGAACAGCCCCGUCCGUCACCAGGCCCUGUUCCAAGGAAGGGAAUUGGACGACUGUGUGGAGGACCAUGACCUGUUCGCCCUGCCCGGGCCUGCCUUCCCCGACCCAGGGGUGAGGCCUGGGGUAGUGAAAUUAGAAGGGGCCUCUGACGGUACUACCACAACCCAGCCCCAGCGGACUGAGCCUGUUUACCAGGUGCUUCUGGACGUGUCCCAGUUCAGACCUGAGGAUGUCAUGAUUCAGGUGUUUGAGGGCUGGCUCUUGAUCAAGGCUCAGCAUGGAGCCAGAAUGGAUGAACAUGGGUUUGUUACCCGCAGCUUCACCCGCCAGCACACACUGCCUGAGAAACUGCAGCGGGCGGGGGAUCUGAGGGCUCUCCUAUGUCAUGAUGGGAUACUGGUGGUGGAAUCCAAACAGAGAACACCUGUUAGGAUACAACCCAGUGAGGAGGAGGACCCCUAUUGAUUAUUUACUAUUGAUUAUUACUGUAUUGAUUAGGUAAGAAUGUGAGUUAAAUUACACAUCAGCUGCUACAGUACCACUAACAUGAGUGAUUGAUUGUGAUUGAUUUAUUAAUUGUGUCUGUUAUUUUUGUGUGAAGUUAAUUUUCAAAUAUUUCUCUAAACACUGUAAUUGUUACAUUUCUAUCUGAUACUAAUUUGCUAUAAAAAGCUGUUGGUGCUGACGUUAUUGAAUUAUUUAACAGCAGUAAUUAUAUAUUUAAAAUCUAUUUUCUUAAAAUAGGUUUUUUAAAGUGUUCCUCCUCGCUUUAAAUGUUACUUCAGCUCCUCUCACCUCAAUUAAAAUAAUAUGCGUUUCAUUUGAACAAAUAUGAAGUGUGAUGGUUAAGUGUAUAUUUAAUUUAGUAAAUGGACAGAGGAAGUUCCACCCCAGUCAUUGAGAACUGGCACACGUAGCACAACUAGCCCACUUCAAGUCCCUCUCUGAAAUCAUAGCUCUUAUCCGAAAUAGAUAAACAAACAGGACAGACAACCACUGUUUUGAGGUCUCAUUGAGGGCCACCUGGCAUUAUGAUAUCUAUGACUAGAAUGGGAAUGUUAGGCAUGAGGCUUUCAGUAUCAGUGAUGAUGUUGUUUUUACCGUACAAAUGGUUAUGAGAUUGUUUAGAAAUUGUUCUGUUGAAGGAAGAGACCUGAAGGGACAAAUGUGCUAGAAAAAUAAAUAUUGUUAUCAAAUGUUA